AAUCAAACCAUCCAACUGCCAUUGGGUCUGAAAGUUUUGAGACAUGAAUUCCCUAUCUUCUACAGCAACUAACACUGAUAUGGCUCUCAUUUCUCCACGCAACCUAGAUGUCUGCCAUUUCGCAAUAUCUCUAUCCAUCAUCUGGUUAUAUGCGUAUCACGUGAUAUCGAAUAUUGAAGCCUUCAACUUUUUGGUUGUCCAGAAUUCACUUCAUAAACGCACAUCUACAUAACUCAAUCCCAUAGCAUGGCCUCGCCACAGGCUGUAAUUGCCUCAUCAGAAGUGGCAACGCAUUACCAAGUCCUCAACCUCACACCCACGCUACUCGACACACAACAUGAUUCUACACCCCUCAUAAAGCGCGCCUAUCACCGGGCCCUCCUCCGUAACCACCCGGACAAACUCGCAAACUCAGAUCCAUCCACUAUUUGUUUCACAGUCGACCAAAUCACAACUGCUCUCAGCAUCCUUUCCGACCCUUCUUGCCGGGCAGCUUACGAUGCCGCUCUGCGGGUGUCUCGCCCGAGCGAGAAGAGAGAUGGCGCUUUUCAGACAGGCGUGGAAAAUGUUGAUCUAGAUGAUCUGGCGUUUGAUGAGGAUCAGGAAUGCUGGUACCGCCCGUGUCGCUGUGGGAAUGAGCACAGCUAUGAGUUUCGCGAAGCAGACCUGGAAGAAGUGAGUGAUGAGGGGGAGCUUGUGGUUGGCUGUCUCGACUGUAGUUUGUGGCUUCGAGUUCACUUUGCCGUUAUGGAGGACGAACAAGAAUCACAUCCUUCAAAUAAAACUUCGAAAGAUAAGAGUUGACCUGAUGGCUUCCCCAUAAUCAGAUUCCUGGUUGGACCAACUAUGACAAAGUAUUCUUAACCGUACAUAUCUUGACAAGGGUACGAACUGUGCCGGGAUUAACGACUUAAGAAUCCACCAACAUUCAAGCAAGAUACCUGGCACCACAACCUAGUGUUGUUGUUCGUAUGCCAAGGGCCCAAUUCAGCCU